UCUCAUUCAUUUCCACACAAGAGGAACAUGGCGGAGUGGGGCUGUUGAGGCUGCAGCGGUUGAGCUGUUGGCGAUUCCCCGUCCAACAGAAGUGCAAUAGGACGUCGUGGAUUUGUGUGGCUGUGUCAGGAGGACACGGCCUGUGGGAGUGGGCCGAGGCUAGCUUCUGAGUGGGUAUCUGUUGGGAGCAGGGAGUCACAAAAACAGCUCGGACAUGAACGGGGAAGUAGUGUGCAGUCCUCACCCAGUGAUGGCGUUAGCCUGCGCCAAGUCCAAGCCAGCAGCUCACGAUGAGAAGACGAGCAUCAGGUUAACGCAAGAGGGGCGGGGCUCUCCCAUCGGCGUCUCGCAGCUCGACGUUCCCAGUCAACCUGAGGCCAGGACAACAGACCCCAUCGGCUCCACGCUCAGAGACCCAAAGCCGGAUCUGACGGCGACCGGUAGCACCUACGGCCAGCGUCCGCCCUGCUGGACCACCGACCAGCCAACCCUCCCUCAGCUCUUCUGCCAUCGCCCCCCUCACGAACUCCCUAUGCCCCUCGGCAACAGCUUGUCUCACGCUUCCCUCCACGGCAACCACAACAACGGCGGCGCACUCCACGGAAACCAGAGGAGAGGGACCCGUGCCAAAGUCAUGGGAAAGAAAUCCACCAGGAGAACGGAAGGAGGCAAAAACUCGCAGAACCGAAAAGUUACCGACUUCUAUCCAAUCAGACGGAGUUCAAGAAAAAGUAAAACAGAACUCAAGUGGGAACAAAAGAAGCUCAUCGAUGAUCUCAUCACCAACGGAAUCGAGGAGGGAAUGGAGGUCCAGCACAUAGAAGGAAAGGGGAGGGCGGUGUUUGCCACUCAGUGUUUCCAGAAAGGUGAUUACAUCGUGGAGUACCAUGGCGACCUGCUGCAGAUCACCGACGCUAAGAAAAGGGAGGCGGAGUAUGCUCAAAACCCUGCCACCGGCUGCUACAUGUACUACUUUCAGUACCUCUGCAAAACGUACUGCGUGGACGCCACCAAAGAGACGGGUCGGAUGGGCCGGCUGAUAAACCACAGCAAAAACGGGAACUGCCAAACCAAACUCCACGACAUCAACGGCGUGCCGCACCUCAUCCUGGUCGCCUCCCGAGACAUCGACAAGGGCGAGGAGCUGCUGUACGACUACGGGGACCGCAGCAAAGCCUCCAUCGCCGCUCACCCCUGGCUCAAGUACUGACGGGAGGCGGUCAGCGGCACUUGUGUUUCUCAUAGCUAGCAGACAUGUUGCCUUAGAAACAGAAUGCGUACCCCUUUUGUUGCCAUGCAGAGAACGCUGGGUGGUAGAUGACGGGGUGGGUUUGGGGUGGGGUGGGCGUUCUUAGGGUACCGAUUUGCAUUUCGAUUAAGGUCCGUCUGCUCCAUCGGACGGACCUGCGUACUUUUAUUUAUAUGUGUCUCUGAAACAUUCUGGUUGUUUUGCAGCACAUUUCUUUUGUACAUUUUGUACUUCCUGAAGACCAAUGCCUCUACAGCAUGCAGGUGGUAGUUAAUGCUCAACGUUUUUUUAUACUGCUUUUUUUUUGUUUGUAAUUUAUCUUUAGAUACUUAGCAAUACUUCCCCGAACGGCUUCUCAGCCCCCUCCUCCCUUUUGGAUCAACAAGCACUAUGAGAUCCAAGUUCAAUGGAAAAAAAACAAACCCCAAGGCUUUUUAGAAAAAAUAUUCUGCUCCAGUGAACUUCAGCUAUGAAUACGACAGCAUAUUAGGGCCGUUGCAGAAAGAAGAAAAAAAUAAAAAGGAGUAAAUUUCCAAGAAAAAAUAAAUAAAUUCUGGGAUUGAUGUCAGAAAUUUUGUAGAAAAACUCAGAAAUUUCUGGGAUUGAAAAGUUGAAAAUUCACUCCUCUUUUCUCUUAUUCUGCCUACGACGGCUCCAACACGCCGUCCCACAUGGAAACCGUCUGCCGCGGCUGGUGGCCAUGUGACAGUUAACCACACUCCAGGCUCGGCUGCCAUCUUGGAGGCUUUCGAUCAUGUUUUGACGCUUGGUGAAAAGUCGGAAUGUGACGCAACCUUGUGCAACUCUGAAAUAACCAGUGUGAUAUACAUAUAUAUAUAUAUUUUUUUUGCUUUUUUGUUUUUAGAUGAUAAUGUAUUUUUUAAUAUUAAACACAACGGUUACAUUUGAAUUUAAAACAUGUUAAAAUAAUAUAAAAUUUUCUGCGAUUCCUUUGCAGAAUUUUCUGCUGUAACUGCUUGAAUGAAAGUAUAUGUUAAGAUUUGUUUGAUUAAAUGUCGACUGAUCUUUAGCCGA